ACUGCCACAACCCAAUUGAAACUUUUUGAAGUCAAUUGGAGGGUUUUCUGUCAAUGAUAUGAGUGCUAAAUUAAUUUCAUCUCCUUUAAAAAAUCCAUAUUCUAAAUUCGCCCCAAAGUUUACUGCUCGUAAAGAGCGCUCUGUUGAGAAGACUUCUGAAAAUGGAAGUUUAGAAGUACCUCAAGAAGAAAUUUUAACGGAUUUGAAUGGCGUGAAUGAGGAGCCCGUUGUCAAUUCUCAGGAGGGGCGUGAUUCAUUCAACAUACUAGUCGAAGCCGCCCAAGAAGCGCAAAAGCUGGGAAAUAACAAUGAUGAAGAUUUAUUAUUGGAAAACAAUGAGACUUCACGUGUAUUUAAGCCCACAGUCGAGCCAGCUUCUGCCCUGUCUAACAAUGAUGAAUCCGAUCUUACUCCUUUUGAAGUCUAUCAGUUAUCUGGGCAAGUUAAAAGAGAGACUCCUGUGGAUGAAAAUAUUCCCCUUUCGCAAAUAAGUUCUGUUGCCGCUAAUUUUGAGGAUGUUAGUGGAUCUCAGUCAAAACGAAUGACAAAUGCCUCUAUCCGUAGAAGGAAGCGUAAGCUCAUCGUCGAUAACGUCGGAACUGAGCAAGAGAGUAUUAAUAUAAACGAGACGAAAAUGUCGGCGUUAUGUGAUGAUCCUGGUAUUGGCAGGAAAAGCCAGCGCUUUGUUGAAAUUGAAAAACUCCUUUUGGAAGAAAAGAUGGCCAAAAGGAAAAAACGUACCGGAUCCGUUACACCUGGCAAGGAGGAGUCUCCACAAAGAGAUUUGAAGACAGCAAAUAAUACAGCUUCACAAACAAGUAUACAAGAGCCCGAAGAAGAGGAAGAAGAGGUGGUUGGGACUUUGGAAACUGAACCGGAAGAAAAGGAUUCAGAAACACAAGAAGAGUCUAAUAUAGCUUCCAAGUCUAUAUUGGACCAACUUGCCGAUAAGAUGGAUUCGGAAGGACAACUAAAUAGCUCAGGCGCUUCUGCUCCUAGGACUCGAGUCGUAGAUGGCCAGAUUGUUUUGGAUGAAGCUUCUUUGGAAAUAGAUCGCCAUCAACGAGAUUACGUACCUGAAGAAGAUCGUGAAUUCGUGGAAGAAAAUGCACUGUCUCGAAGGGUUACGAGUGCAACUUGGGGAAACCGUCAAAAGUCAGAAAAGUGGAAGGCUGAUGAGACUGAGAAGUUUUACAAGGCACUUUCUCAAUGGGGCACAGAUUUUGCGCUUAUUUCUAACAUGUUUCCAAUUCGCAAUCGUCGACAAAUAAAGCUUAAAUUUAAGCAGGAAGAAAAGCGCAACCCUGCUCGGAUAAAUGAGGCAUUAAGGACGAAAAAGCCAGUUGAUAUGGAAGAAUACAGCAAAGAGUCUGGAAAAGUUUUUCGUCCUGUGGAAGAAGUCGAGAAAGAACUGGCUCAUAUAAGAAGCGCUUUCGAAGAAGAAAGAAAACGUGCUGUGGAGACAGCUGAGCAGCGACAAAUUAUAGCAAAUUAUGAAGCUGAGCAAGAGAGAAAUGCUCCUCCACCAAAGCAAGAGAGAGACGUUGUUUUUGAAGAUGGAAUUGAGGUUGUGGGUCAAUUGGUUUAAAGAGAUAUUAUUUUUGGUUUCUUGUCUUAAUAUUUGGCUUUAUUGUUUUUGGUAAUUUAAUAUGGGUUAUCGUUUGAUUUUGUUUUCUUAAAUCUUGGAAUCAUAGAAUUUUGUGCACAUGGUUUAUUUUGUUUCAAUAGUUUGUUUUGUAAUUUUCGAGCUAAAAGAGGAAUGUUCGUUUGAUCGUUUGAGAUGAUUUGUUUCUUACAAAGCCUUUUUUGGGAUGACAUGGCUCCUAAUCCUUGUCAAUCCAAGUAUAUGGGAGUUAGGCUUAAGGAUAUAUCCUCAUAAGUUUGAGUAAUAUUUUAAUAAAUCUAAUAUUUUUAUUCUUGAAUAAAUAUAAAUUGGCUACGUAUCCUGAA